AUGGAACCUUUAGUGGAAGUUCCUAGAUCCAGAUGGCUCGAGCUGCGAGACUUAUAUAAAAUUAAUUGGCCGAAGAAUUCAAUUGCUUAUAUUAUUCUAGAUACUCAAAUAUCGUAUCCGGAUUUAUCAGAAAAGUUCAAUUUUAAAGUUUAUUGUCCCUAUGGAGAUAUACAUAACGGCAUGGUAGCCAUCUUUGAUAAGACAAACUUUUAUGAUAUUAUGAUACAUCCAGUAGAUAAUAUCAACAAACUAGAGGAAGCUCUUGCUACAACUAAAGUAGUCAACUUUACCGGAUUCAGCAUGAUUUCUUCCGCUAGUUUAGAAGUUGAAGAGUGUUUGAAAAGAGUCAAAAAUUUCAAUAAUAUGAAAGGAGAGAAAGCCAUCACACAUUUAUUGAACAGAGACAGUCCUAAGUUUGAGAAUUUAAGUAUUCCGCCAAAUACUUAUAUUGGCCAAAUUAAACCUGAACACAUCAAAUUUAUAGACGAAAAGUGGACAUACCAUGGUAAACAUACCUACAAAAUGUUCGAAGCGUUAACUGAGCAUGAACUUACGUAUGUCCUCUAUUCUAAAGAAGACCAACCGUUAGCUUGGGUAACAGUUAACAUUGUCGGAGCACUAAAUCAUCUAUACUGUAUCGAAAGUCAGAGAAGGAAAGGAUACGCAGAGUUUAUUCUCAAAUACGCCAUCAAUGAUCAACUAAGGAAAGGAAAGGAUACAUUGGCUUACACUAUAGAAAAUAAUUUCAAAGCACAGAAUCUUUUUGACAAAUUGAAAUUUCAAAGAAUCGGUUGUCAUAAAUGGUUAAUAAUUUUUUAACGCAGAGUUUAUCCUCAAAUGUGCCAUCAAUGAUAAACUAAGGAAAGGAAAGAAUACAUUGGCUUGUACUAUAGAAAUUAAUUUCGAAGCUCAAAAUCUUUUUGACAAAUUGAAAUUACAAAGUACCGGUUGUCAUAAAUAAUUAAUUAUUUUUAACUAAUUGCAGUAAAAUAAUAUUUAUGUAUUCAACAUUUAUUACAGACUAAAUUUAAGAUUAGGCUAAUCUUCGCAAAUUUCACUAAUGAACGAACAAAUAUUAACAUCUAAAUUAGUAUUUAGGAAAUUAAAAAGGCAGAAGUAAACAUUUGAUCGUUUAUAAUUUAUAUGU